CAUGUCAAGGCAUCGCGCCCGAACCCCCGACUUCACAAUCCAAAACGACCUCCAAAAUGAGCUGGAAGACCAGCCCCUGAUUCCAGGUGGUCAGAUCCAGCCCCCACGUGACCAUUACAACCUGUCCUACCUUGCAAUGGUGGUGUUCGGACUAGCAGCUCUGCUCCCCUGGAACAUGUUCAUCACAGCUACCAGCUACUUUGACAAGAAGUUCGAGAAGGGGUCCCCUUUCGUCCACAAACAGUUCGAGAACUUCAUCACAAUCUUCUCGCAGAUAACAAACGUAGCGUUUCUCUUUAUCAACGUGUCCCUCCAGAACAGGUUCUCUGCCUUUGUCAGGAUCAUGGGUUCUCUGCUUGUCAUGUGCCUUAUGUUCGUCAUGACAACCAUUAUGGUUAAAAUAGACACCCACACCUGGGCGGAUGGGUUUUUUGGUCUGACGCUGGUUACUGUCGUGUUGUUCAACGCUUGUGCUGGAGUUUUUCAGGGUGGUAUCUUUGGAUUGGCAGCUUCGUUCACUCCCAGACACAUACAGGGUUUCAUGACUGGCCAGGGCGUAGGUGGAAUAUUUGCUAGUGUAGCCAGUAUCAUAUCUCUUGCAGUUACUAAUGGCGAAGAUCCUAUUCAGAGCGGCUUUUACUACUUUCUAGCCGCUUCACUGGUGAUAAUUGUAGCACUGGUCAUGUAUCCCAUCUUCCUUAACCUACCUAUCUCUAAAUUCUAUCUUGAUAGAGUUACGGACGAGUUGUCGCGGUCAUUCAAAGCACCUACCGUCUCCUCAUGGACCAUCAUUAAGAAGAUAAAAUGGAUGCUGUUCAGCGUGUGGGCCACAUUCUGUGUCACUCUCACAGUAUUCCCCGCUGUGAUAGCCUCCAUUAAGAGCGUAUCAGCUGACAGCCCCCUGACAACCACCUACUUCACCCCAGUCACCUGCUUCCUUCUCUUCAACUUUGGGGACUUUGUGGGCCGGACUGUGGCCGGGUCCGUUCAGGUGCUGACCAGGAAGUGGCUGGUUAUACUGACUAUCACCAGGGUUAUAUUUAUCCCCAUGUUUGCCAUGUGUAAUUAUCACCCUGACGAGAGAACUACAGCGGUGUGGUUUAACAAUGAUGCGUUCCCUAUAGCGUUCAUGACAGUGUUUUCCUUUUCUAACGGUUAUUUAGCGUCCCUGGCCAUGAUGUACGGUCCUUCACAGGUCCCUUCGGAUCAACAGACUACCGCAGGGGCUUUCAUGGCCUUUGGGUUAGGGCUUGGCCUUAUGAGUGGGGCUUUCAUGUCCUUUGCUCUUAACGCCGUAUUGUGAGACGUUUGGGACUAGGAUAUUUUGAUGGCUUAAAUUGAAUUCGUACCAAUUGCUGGAAUUUAUAAUUGACAUUAAGUGAGGUAUUGAGAAGAACUGACGUGCUCAGUAAACAUUAUCAAACCAUCAGUUAUUUGUUAUAAUUAUGUUCCGUAUAAAUGAAUGUUAUAACGCUGUUGUUUUGUUUAAAUGUGAGAUUCCCUAAUUUUCUCAGCUCGUAUUGUUUUUCUUAUCAAGAAGAAAAUGAUGAUAAUUAUGAAUAAAGAAAUUUUAAUUAACUGCUGCAUAUAUUGUGAUUUUGGUGUUAAUGUUAAGCCCCUGUGGAAUGUGGAUGUUGUUUAGGACCAGAUAUUGCUAUGAUUUUACGAGAAUGCCGUUAAAUUACAGGUGUUCUCGCGGAAGCAGGUUGUAGCUCUGUCUGUCUCCCGUCUCCUCUUUAUACCCCUCUAUACCAUGUGCCACUACGACCCCUCCCUCCGACACCUCAAACCUCCCAUCCUCUUCUCCUCAGACAUUUACCCCAUCCUAUUCACGACCUUCUUCUCCUUCUCUAACGGCUACCUUUCCUCCCUGGCCAUGAUGUACAGUCCUGGUUUAGUGAAUAGUCCUGUGGAGCAGCUGGAAGUUGGGGCCUGGCAGAGCUUUAUUAGCUCGGUGGGGUGCUUGUGCGGCUCCCUUGCUGCUGUAGCUGUCACGUGACGUGGUGUGAUGACGUCACGUGAUAUGGUGACGUCACGUGAUAUGGAAUUAUUAUGUGACGUUGCGUGACAUCGUUAUGUGAUGAUAGUUGAAUGUUGUUAAUUUUAUUAAAGAUGUUGCAUGUUAAACUGGAAAACGCUUCUUAGUUUAAUCGGCAAGUAUGUGAAUCUUGGCAGCCAGUGUAGAUUGCUCCACAUUUCAGCGCUUUUACGUUUUAUUUUUGGAGUUGUUAAUGUUCAUGAUUAGGUGCGGAACACUGUUAAGUAUUCGUUGAACACUAUUCAAGCUAAUACAAGUACAAUUAUACUAUUAUACAAAUAUGGGACAUAUUUAUGCUAAAUUUAAUAGCUAGCGUUAGUCUGAUAUUUCCUUGUUAUUGGUGUUUAUCUGUAUUAUCUCCGUAAUUUAGCUUAUGACAAGAGAUAUUGAUAUAGAAAUUACAAUAAAUUUUUUGAAGGAAAGAUUAGACUUGGGCGUUGUUUUUAACUAUCCCUUGUUUAGAACUUUGAUUUAAUAAUGGUGUUUAUACUCUACUCUAGUCAUAUUUUAUCGGUUUUUGUUUCAUGAUUUGUGGGUUAUUGUUUUGUAGAGGUAUGUUUUGUUAUGAUUCGGUUCGGUUAAAUAUUAGACAUCAUUUGAAAUAGUUGUUUAGUAUUGUGAUUGUGGGAGGGGGGGGGGGGGGCAGUAGUACUAUUAGUAAAAUGUAUUUAUCUUGUUUUUCUCUAAAUAAGAGCUAAUUGAACUUUGUUUUAGAUCAUUCUUUCAGUGUUAUUGAUAUAUAGACCGUCACUCCCCCAUUCUUGGAAGGAAUAAUCCAACACAAAUAAAUAAGUUGUUUUUUACGUGAACUGCUAUCACAUGUAAAUCUAGAUUAAAUGCAGUUAAUAAUUAAUAUUAUGGAAGAAUAAAGAUUAAUCAACGCCUUUUUGAUAUUUCACGAUAUCUGUCGUGGUCCCAUAUAAA